CCGUAUUCCUUCUUCUCCUUCUUCCUUCUUCCCACUCUCCUUCUCUCGUGUCCACCCGCUGCUGCUAUGGAUGCUCUCUUUCAAGUCCAAACCUCGCCUCCAUCAUCCAUGGCGAAGCGCCCAUGUCCAUCGCAAAACCCUAGAAUACCGACCUUCACUCAGAUGGACCUUCUUCUCGAGGCCUUUUUAGGCCUUUCCGACUCAUCUUCCAUCUGUAUCGACCUCUCAUUCGAGAGGCUCCUCGACUCCUUGCCCUCUGACUUGGAUCAGACUCGUCUCAUUGAUCACGCCCUCAAAAUGGGCACCUUCUUGCUCGAGGCUGGCAAACGCUCCGCUCGCAAACGAGCUACCAAGCAUAACUCCGUCGUUUGGGCUCUUCCUCCUGACCUCACCAUCAAAGUUUUUUCCAUGCUUGACACUCAGAGCCUAUGCUAUGCAAUAGCUACUUGUUCAAUGUUUCACAAGUGUGCAAAAGAUCCUUCCUGCUAUGCCAACAUUGACUUAACGACAGUUUCACCAAGGGUUAAUAAUGCAGUGGUUUCUACUAUGAUUCACCGAGCUGGAAACUCCCUUCAAUCUCUUAAGCUUGGUAUAGUUCCUGGCCCAACGGCACCCCUUGGAUCUUGCCAACCUUUGGUUUUCAGGAACUCUGUAGAUGUUACCAGCUUCUCAUGGAAUGACAAAAGAUCCAGACAAGGGAAGGAGUCAUCAGUGCUCACAAGAUCCUGCUUAAGCCCUUUGGGAGGGGGCAGUAGUUCUCCUGGGAAGCUCUUAAGAACAUUGCAUCUUUACAAUAUUGAAAGAAUGGAUAGUCAAUCACUUCGUGCUGCAUUAUGUGCUUGCCCGUCUCUCCUUGAUCUGGAAAUCGUAGGCCUUCAUGUGGAGUUGAGGCAGACAUUGAUGUCUGUUAUUGAAAACUGCCGAGCAAUAGAGCGUUUGUUCUUUGAAUCCUCAAAAACAGGCAGAGAUGACAGCUUGAAAUCACCGACAUGUGCUGAUCUAGUCCACAGCUGUCCUCGUUUAGUGUCUUUAGCUCUUAGAGGAUUUAAACUCCAUGAUGAUAAAGUUGGCAAACUUGUUAAGGGACUUCGAAAGCUGAAAUAUGCUGACUUUUCAACGUCUUACUCAAUUACCGGAAGCUUUCUUGGGAACCUUGGCAACAGUGGUGGUAAUUUAUUGGAGGUCUUGAUUUUAAGAGAUUGUAUGCAUCUCAAAGAGGUGGAAGUUGCUCGUUUCAUGACAUCAUUACUUGCUGGAGAUUUCAAGUUUCUUCGACAUCUAGAUAUAUCCAAUAGGGAAGGGUUGGCAUCUGAGGGUGAUUGGUACGAGAGAUGCUACAAUUCAAGGAUCAUUCCAAUUGAGCAAGUAAUGAAGGAAAGGCCUGAUGUAUGCUUGCUGGCUGAUUUUCCAUCAGAAGGAAGUUACUUUGAAAUUGAGCAGAUGCUGGAAAGUGAAAUAAACAGUGAUGUUAGUCUGCCAUCACAGCUGAGCGAUCACACAUCUGAUUCAAUGUUUAUGAGCUCUUCAGAAGGCAGCUAUAACAGCGAUCAAGGUAGCGGCAAUGAGGAUGGUCGAGAGGCCAGCUACGUAAUAUAUGAGGAGAGCUCAGAUGAGGUGGAUUUUCUUAUCCUGUAGGAGGAGAAGUUUUAAGCAAGAGCUGGUAGUUGCAGCAACCAAAUGAAUUCGUGGUGGUUUUCCUUGUAGGGAGGAUGCUUCGACGCAUUACAAUAUGUGGUAGGCAUUGGGUGCCGGCAUGAGUGAUUUGAUGCUUCGAUUUACCGAAGAUUGGACCAGUAGCCUGGUUGACUUGACAUCCCCAUUUAAGUACUGAGAUACAACCAAAAGCUAUAUCGAGGUAGCAUCCUUCCUUACAACCCUUUCUUUAGAAGAGGAAAUACAAAAAUAAGAGUAGAGAAGAGUGGAGAUUUAGUAGCCCCUAUCCCCUUCCCUCGUUAUUAUAUCGUAGAUGAUCAUUCGCAUCGUUAUCGUCGUUUCAUACAGAGCUCUAGAUCCUGAUGAUGUUAAUCUGCCAUGAAUGUAAAUUUUGUCAUACCUGCUUUUGUAGCGCAUUUGUAUUCUGAUCCAACUGAAUAGGAGUUGGAAGUUACUCGUCUAAUUGAAUAGCAUUUUGUAUGAAUCAGCAAUUCAAAUUAUAGCCAUUGUCUGAUGAGUGCAGUUAUUGGCCUCCUUGUAUCCUUUGGUUUAAGCAAAUCUUGGUAAGA